UCACAUGGCCACGAAGUCACUCUGAAAGUAUGUUGGCGGCGUAUAACCCACAGGAACAUAUAAAAACCCCUUUCAGUGAGCGAUAGCCUCAAUGUAGCGAGCACUAUUUUCAGAGCUUUGAGUAGCGACAGGGUGCUGGAUACAAAACAGAAGACGAGUGAGUGACGGAAGCAGAAAAAUGUCAAAUCAAAGCCUGGUCUUGUUUCCUACUGUGAGCAGCACCACACCUCUAUUUUCAAACGGGUCCACCAGCACUGAUAGCACCUUAACUGGCCAGUUAGACCUAAUUGCAGCCAACGACAUCACCUCCAGAGCAAACUACCUCUACAGUUUAUUUGCUGCUUUGGGUUUCAUCGCUGGCUGCUUCCUGCUCUACAGCUUCAUUCAAACCUACAGAGCUCAGAGACGCCUGGCCUGGCUCGACUGCCUCCUCUGGGCCUUUUGUGGCUUCCAGCUUCUCCUCUUGCUCCUCUCUCUCCACAUUGUCACUCGCAGACCUGCCUACCUACAUACCACAGUUUUAGGCUGUGCUGCUCUGUCUUUCAUCAUCAAUGCAGUGUUUCUGUGUGGUCUGUUGGUGUUGGUUCUCAUGGCUUAUGUCCUCACUCUGGAUCCGCCGUCCCACGCCCUGCUGAGAAAGCCUGCUGUCUGUGUGGCUCUGGUGAUCCUGACGUCUGUGGUGCUUGCUGUGCUCGUGGCUGGAGCUCGUGGAACAUUUGAUGAUCUCCAUAAAGUGGAUGUUUGUGUCAUGGAUCCGGCCAGUUCUGGUGUUUCAUAUGCAGUUGCUCGGCUGUGCCUGGUUUUUUUGAUCCCCUACACCCUCCAGCUGGGACUCCUGAUUGGUGGCUGUGUUCGACAGUGGAAAUCCAAAGGACGGUUCCUUUCUGGUUCUGAAGAGGGUCCCAUGUUCCUGACGGUCACCUUAGUCAUGUUUUUCUGCCAGCUCUUCUACAGUGUGGUUCUGCUGAGAGGAGCACAACUACACAGGGACAGGCUGAGCCAUCACGAGGAGGCGUUUCUGAGUGUGGCCGAGUUUGUGCUGUUCUCUGGGAGCAGUUUCAGCCUGCUGCUUGUGCUCUUUAUGCACAGGCCAUGCAGAGAUAGUCUGCAUGGAGUGUACAGGCAGCUGAGGGACUGCUGCAGGAGCUCAGGACGCACGCAGUCAAACAGGAACAUCAUAGCUCCUCACAUCGAGAUCACAGACACCCUGCAGGACAUUGAAUCAUAGAGGAGAAAAAUAGGAAGUACUCUCAUCUAUGAGAGUUUCCCACUACAACGAAUUAAUGACUUUGAGAUAUGAUGUAGUUGAAUUGUCUUAUUCAAACAUUAAAUGCAUCUUCUGUCUCUUUGUCUAAUAUGUGAUAAUGUAAAUGUUUUUUUCAUAUUUGUGCAUUUUCCAUUUUAGUUUC